GAACUCUCUUGAUGUACCUCCAUUGACGUUAGCUAAAGCUAGGCGUCUUUUUACCGUCUAAAAAUCUAAAAACUAGAACUUUAUUUGAUGUUAACAAUAUCGUAAGAAGAUUUUGUAAACAUAUAAUAAAUAUAUUUUUCCAGUUUUGUAGUUAUUUGAAACAUUUACGCCUUCUAAACAGCUUGACCCAGUUUAGCUAAUACCAUCUCGAUAUUUGUUGCCAGGUUUGGUAGAAUUCCUAAUUCUGGCCCUAAUAUAUUUGAAAAGAUGCAAGUACAGAGAGUUGUUCUCAACUCACGACCAGGGGAAAAUGGGGUGCCAGUUCCUGAAAAUUUCCGCCUGGAGGACACAACUUUAGUGCCUGACCUGAAAGAUGGAGAGGUUCUUGUUCGCACGCUUUACCUCUCAGUUGACCCUUACAUGAGAUGCAGAAUGAAUGAAGAUUCUGGUGCUGAGUACCUGGCCUCAUGGCAGCUGUCUGAGUGUUUGGAUGGUGGAGGUGUUGGUGUCGUCCAGACCAGCUGUUGCAGCACUUUCACUGGGGGGGAUGUGGUCACCUCGUUCAACUGGCCAUGGCAGACUCAAGCUAUCGUGAAAGGAAAUGCCCUACAAAAGGUUGACCCACAGUUGGUAGAUGGACACCUGUCCUACUUUUUGGGUGCAGUCGGCCUGACAGGACUCACUGCUCUGCUGGGCAUCAGGGAGAAAGGUCAUGUGACUAAAGGGGCCAACCAGACCAUGGUGGUCAGCGGAGCUGCUGGCGCCUGCGGAUCUCUUGCUGGACAGAUCGGGAGGUUGGACGGCUGUGUGAGAGUGGUCGGGAUCUGCGGCUCGGAUGAGAAGUGCCAAACUUUGAAGGACGAUUUGGGCUUUUCCGCCGCCAUCAACUACCGGCGGGAGGAUGUGUCUGCCCGGCUCAAGGAGAGCUGUCCGGAUGGCGUCGAUGUUUACUUCGAUAAUGUUGGAGGUCCCAUAAGUGAUGCUGUUAUAGCGCAGAUGAACCACGGCAGCCAUGUGGUCCUUUGUGGUCAGAUCUCUCAGUACAACAAAGACGUGCCGUAUCCGCCGCCGCUGAGCGCGCCGACCGAAGAACUCCUGCAGAGCCGGGGCAUCACUCGAGAGCGAUUCGUGGUGCUCAGCUACAUGAGCAAAGCGGAAGCUGCCCUGUGUGAGCUCAGCCAGUGGAUCAAAUCAGGCCAAAUCAAGGUCCUGGAAACUGUGGUGAACGGCAUAGAAAACAUUGGAGGUGCAUUUUGCUCCAUGAUGGCGGGAGGAAAUAUCGGCAAACAAAUCGUGAAGAUAUGAGGAUUCCAGAAGAUCAACCACCUUUUUGCCUUAUUAUCACUAUAGUACCACUAAAGGAAUGACUGUCUGAAAACAUAUUUACCAGCUCAUGUAUUUCAAUAAUAAUUACCUCAUAAAAAUAAAAAAAUCAUAUAAUUAUAGUUAGUUAAAAACACUAACUGAGUUUUUUUUUAAAAGGGUGAAGAAUUUUCUCGGAUUAAAACAGUUGUGGAAAAUUA